AUGGCUUCGGUGCAAGCCGCCGCCCCGGCGGUUCAGCAUCCUGGCGCGCCAAUGGCCGCCGGCGCGACCAAACAGCAGGCUGAAGAAAUGUACAAGAAAUUAAAACACAUGAAAGAGAGCGGCGUACCGGCGACGGAUCCUGAGUACAUCAAAGCCUCGCAAUUCUUGAUGUACUUCCAACAGCAACACCAAAUGCGUAGAAACCAACAAACCUAUUUGCAGCAGCAGCAGCAACAACAACUACAACAGCAGCCAGCUUCCAAUGGUGCUGUCAAUGGUGCCCUGCAGCCUCGAUCUCAGCAGGUUGCGCCCCAACCAAACCAGGCACCUGCUUCUGCGUCGACGCCUACACAGGCAAACACACCGACACAAGCCAACCCACCGCCCGCUGGCUCGGCAUCAAGCCAUUUCAGUCAACAGCAGCUGACAUUGUUAAGGCAACAGAUCCAGGCCUUCAAGCUGCUUGGGAAGAACUCAGGUGUCUCCCUCCAGUUACAGCAGGCCAUCUACCAUCAGCGUCAAAAGAGGCAAGCUGCCGCUCUCGAGGCGUCAAAUGCCGCGGCUGCUAAGUCGGCACAGUCAGCACAGGACUCUGCAAGAGCCGCACAGCUUGAAGCUGACCCAGCAGCUCAGGAAGAUUCACAGGCCAAGCCUCAUACUUACAAGACUGUCAAAUCGCCUUAUGGUGGCGGCAUGGUUCGUUCCUCAAUCAAGUAUUUUGACCAUGCCCAGCGUAAGAACCGAUGGUUUAUUCCCGGCGUUUUCCCCACCGGAUUCGAUUUUGACCAUCUUCGGUACGAGAGAGAGGUUGUUGUGUUUAACCGCAUGAGCCAGCGCUAUGCUGAGCUGAAGAAUCUGCCUGCGGAUUUGGCCCACCUCGAUUCGGCCAAGGAGAACCUUGAGGCAGACGACACUCUGAAGCGAAAGGCAAUCAUUGAAAUGAAGAGUUUGGCCCUCUACGCUAAGCAACGAGCUCUCAGGGAGCGUGUCGGACGCCAGAUGUUGCAUUAUGACAACCUAGCAAUGACCACCAACCGAACCAAUUAUCGCCGCAUGAAGAAGCAGAAUGUUCGCGAAGCCCGAAUCACAGAGAAGCUCGAGAAGCAACAGCGCGAUGCACGCGAGAACCGAGAAAAGAAGAAGCAUGUGGACUUCCUCCAUGCCAUCACCAACCACAGAGCCGUCAUCCAGGAGUCUGCCGCAAGCCAGAGGAACAAGUCACACAAACUCAGUCGACUUAUGUACGCUCAGCAUUUCAACAUUGAAAAGGAGGAGCAGAAGCGAAUCGAGCGUACCGCCAAGCAACGUCUCCAGGCUCUCAAGGCCAACGAUGAAGAGGCAUAUCUCAAGCUGCUUGACCAGGCCAAGGAUACCCGUAUUACCCACCUGCUCAAACAGACCGAUGGCUUCUUGCACCAACUUGCAGCCUCUGUCAAGACACAGCAGCGACAAGCAGCGGAGAGAUAUGGUGACGAUACUGAAAACUUUGUUGAUGAAGAAAGCGAGAUUGAGGAAGACGAGGAGAGUGGCAAGAAGAUUGAUUACUACGCCGUCGCUCAUCGUGUUCGGGAAGAAGUCACUGAGCAAGCCAACAUGCUUGUUGGCGGUACCCUCAAAGAAUAUCAGGUCAAGGGUCUGCAGUGGAUGAUUUCGCUUUACAACAACAACCUUAACGGUAUCCUCGCUGAUGAAAUGGGUCUCGGUAAAACGAUUCAGACAAUCAGCUUGAUCACAUACCUGAUUGAGAGGAAGCAGCAGCCUGGGCCAUACUUGGUUAUUGUCCCCCUCAGUACGCUCACAAAUUGGAAUCUCGAGUUUGAGAAAUGGGCGCCGUCAGUUGCUCGCAUCGUCUACAAGGGACCUCCUAAUGCCCGCAAGACGCAGCAGGAGAAGAUUCGCCGAGGUGAAUUCCAAGUUCUCCUGACGACAUAUGAAUAUGUCAUCAAAGACCGCCCGAUUCUCAGUAAGAUUAAGUGGUUCCACAUGAUUAUCGAUGAAGGUCACCGUAUGAAGAACUCGAACUCCAAGCUUAGCGCAACCAUCACACAGUACUACACUACUCGGUUCCGACUUAUCCUUACCGGUACUCCUCUUCAGAAUAACCUGGCUGAGUUGUGGGCCAUUCUGAAUUUCGUUCUGCCAAACAUCUUCAAGUCUGUCAAGACAUUCGAUGAAUGGUUCAACACACCAUUUGCCAACACCGGUGGCCAGGACAAGAUGGAACUUACAGAAGAAGAACAGAUUCUCGUCAUUCGACGUCUGCACAAGGUUCUCCGACCCUUCCUCUUGCGUCGUCUCAAGAAAGAUGUCGAGAAGGACUUGCCAGACAAGACAGAGAAGGUCAUCAAGUGCAAGUUCUCUGCCCUGCAAUCUAAACUGUACAAGCAGAUGGUUACACACAACAAGCUUGUUGUUAGCGACGGCAAGGGUGGAAAGACUAGCGCUCGUGGCUUGAGUAACAUGAUCAUGCAGCUCCGAAAGCUCUGCAACCAUCCCUUUGUGUUUGAUCCUGUGGAGAAUGUCAUCAACCCGCGUAACGUGAGCAAUGACGAGUUAUGGCGAACUGCCGGAAAGUUUGAGCUGCUGGACAGAAUUCUCCCCAAGUACAAGGCAACAGGCCACAGAGUUCUCAUGUUCUUCCAGAUGACGGCCAUCAUGGAUAUCAUGGAGGAUUAUUUGCGCUACCGACAAUUUGAGUACUUGCGUCUCGAUGGUACUACCAAGGCAGAUGAGAGAUCCGACCUCUUGAGAGAGUUCAACGCCCCCAACUCCAAGUAUUUUAUGUUCUUGUUGUCGACACGUGCUGGAGGUCUUGGUCUGAACUUGCAGACUGCAGAUACCGUCAUUAUCUACGACUCUGAUUGGAAUCCUCAUCAGGAUUUACAGGCCCAGGAUCGUGCUCAUCGUAUUGGACAGAAGAACGAGGUGCGAAUUCUGCGUCUGAUCAGCUCCAACUCAGUUGAAGAGAAGAUUCUUGAGCGUGCCAGAUACAAGCUUGAUAUGGAUGGAAAGAUUAUCCAGGCCGGUCGUUUCGAUAACAAGUCGUCAGAGACUGACCGAGAUGCUAUGCUCCGGACCUUGCUUGAAACUGCCGACAUGGCUGAGAGCGGAGAGCAAGAUGACAUGGAAGACGAGGAGCUCAAUAUGAUGCUUGCCCGGAGUGACGAUGAGCUUAUCACUUUCCAAAAAAUGGAUGAAGAGAGGGCAAUGGACCCAGUCUAUGGCUCAAAGGGUGCAGCUCCUAAACCCAGACCACGUCUCAUGGUUGAAGAGGAACUCCCCGAUAUCUACCUCAAUGACAGCGUGGAAACGGUUGAGGACACGGAAGAAGUUGUUCUUGGUCGCGGCGCCCGUGAGCGCACCAAGGUCAAAUAUGACGACGGCUUGACCGAAGAACAAUGGUUGAUGGCGGUUGACGACGAGGAGGAUUCUCCAGAAGCUGCCGCAGCACGAAAGCAGGCCCGUAGAGAUAAGCGAGACAACAACAGGCUCAAGAAGACGGCGAUACUGAACUCGAUGGAUAAUUCCCCAGUUCCAAGUCGCGCCAGCACGGAGGAAGUCGAAACGCCGAAGAAACGUGGACGCAAGCCUGGCAGCAAAAAUGAAAAACGCAAAGCCGAGGAAGGCGAUGAUGAGCCCCCAGCCAAGAAGCGGCGUGGCCCUCAAGGCAGACCGAGCAAGACAAACUUGAACGGAGCUGCCUCGCGCCUGAGCCCGCAGGUGCGCGAAGUUCUCCAGAAGAGUCUUCGGUCUCUGUACGAUGGUCUCAUGACUUUGGAGGUUGACGAUCUCGAGCCUCCGGCUGAUGAUGAAUCGGAUGCUGGGAAGCGACUCAUUAUUGGUCCUUUCGUAAAGCUGCCUCCCAAGCGCGAUUUCCCCGAUUACUACGUCGUCAUCCUAUCCCCCAUUUGCAUGAACAAUAUCAACACUCGUAUCAAGAAGGAGGAAUAUGGAUCUUUGAGUGAUCUCCGAAAAGAUUUUGACCUUUUGAUUCGAAAUUGUCAAACAUUCAACGAAGAUGGUAGCAUUCUGUACCAAGAUGCUAAGACCAUGGAUGAAUUCUUCAGGGCCAGGUACGAAGAAGAACUUUCGGCACACCCGGAACUGGCUGAACUUGAGGAGGAUGCCAAGACAGAAUCGGCACCACCAUCUACCAGCGGCGGCACUCCCAUACCAAGUGGAACACGCAUCAAGCUGAUUUCCAGCAGCUCCAGAGAUGUGAAUGGUGAAAAUUCCACGCCACGAAGCGAUGAGGAUUAA